UGGCACAAAGACGACGCUGAAAAUGUCUCCGAACAUGACAUGCGAAGCUCUCCAAUCUUUUUCCCCAAAGCUAUCUCUUGCCAAAAGAAAAGAGGCUCUUGAACUGAGAAAGACUAUGAAACCACUAAUGGAAAAAAGAAGACGCGCCCGUAUUAACGAAAGUCUGAACCGCUUAAAAAGCCUAAUCGUCCCCCUCACAGGCAGAGAUCAGUCUCGUUACUCCAAGCUUGAGAAAGCAGACAUCCUGGAAAUGACCGUUCGGUUCCUUGGUGACAUUCCACCUGCUAACACUAAAAGUUCUGUAGAGAAUUACGGGGAAGGUUAUAAUGCGUGCCUCAAACGCGUAUCUGCUCUGCUUCCCCAAACCAACUUGGAUUCAGACGCACACCAGCGCAUCAACGACUUUGUCCAGCAGUCCAUAUCCACCACCGUCACCCCAACUUGCCUGAACUGCUGCGCCCAGAGCUCGAUGACUUUGCCUCAGAUCCAUCAGAGACUCCUGAGCAUCAAAUCCAGCUUCAGCUCCAGGGUGGGGAGCCAGCAACGCAGCAGCGCAGCGGUCCCCAACCAAGCGCAGUCAGACCCGCAGACUGCCAGCGCUGCAGUGUGGAGACCUUGGUAGAUUUCUUAAGUGGUUUCCCGACAGCUGUAAAAAGACUGUAAUGUGUUUAAUGUUGGGAAUAAUCUUGAGCGAGCAUUACCUGUAAAUACACACAGUGAUUUAGAGCUUGGUUUCCGUGAUGAAAAGCAACAAUUCAUCGUAUUGGUUGAGUAUUGUAUACUCGUUUUUGCGCGCGAGUCUUUUGUCCUGUAUAAGCUGACAAGUGUAGACAGUCGUGUAUAUUUCAAUUUUUUCUAAAAUCUGCAUGUAUGUAUACGUUAAAUAUUUAGUCCUCGUCGCGGACUAAGUAAUCAGGGGCCACUGAAACAGCCCUGUAAGACCCAAAGGGUCAGUUUAUGUAUGAAUUUGCACAACAGACUUCA